CCAAUGGCAGACUGGACCAAUAAUGAUAACACCACGUUACGCUGGUGGUCUAGCUGUAGUAAAUGAUAAUUUUGUGUUAUAUUUGGGUGGUAUAAAUUCCGAAUCAACUUUACAAUCAGUUAAUGUGCUAGAUUUAACUUCAGAAUCACCUCAUUGGGGACCAACCUACAACAUGUUAAGUAAACGACGAUGGUUUGGAGUUGGUGUGAUUUAUAAUUGUAUGUAUGCCGAAGGAGGUUUUGAUUCUGAGCAAAGAUUAAGUUCUGUCGAAUGUUAUCAUCCCAGUCUUAAUAAAUGGACACCAAUUGCAGAUAUGUGUGUACGCCGCAAUGCAGUGGGAGUCGGAGUUUUAGAUGAUGUACUGUAUGCUGUAGGUGGUUGGGAUGGACAUCAGGUUUGGAGUAGUGUCGAAGCAUACAGUCCAAGCACAGGAGUUUGGUCUACUAUUCCGGACAUGCAUUUGAGUCGACGUGGUGCUGGAGUGGCUGUAUUGGGUGGUUUAUUGUAUGUCGUGGGUGGUUACGACGGAGCUUCUGUUCUAGAUUCUGUAGAAUCUUACAAUCCUAAAACUAAUAAAUGGACCAUGAUCACAGCAUCGAUGAAUGUUGCUAGGUCAUUUGCAGGAGCUGUAGCCAUUGAUGUUCCACAAUAUUGUAAAACUUAUUAGCAUUCAUAUUUUUUUUGUUUCAAUAUAAUAUUACUACUUUCUCAUAUUGUAAAUAAUAUCUUAAUUAUUUUUCUAUUAAUUUAAAGUGUUUGAAUGUUCUAUGAAAAGGUUUUUCGUACCUACACUAUAAAUAGAUGGCCAAUGAUAGGCCACCAUAAUUUGAUGGCAAAGAGGCCAAAAGUUGUAUGUACAGUUUUUCUCAAAAUCGUUUUAUAAGUCUAUUGGGUUAAUCUUAUAUAAAUAAAUUCGCAUAUAAAUAUCAAUUGGACAAAUUUAACAACACAUGGUUAUUUUGUCAAAAACAACUCAUUUAAUAUUUUGUACCAAAUACUUAGUGUACUUAGUGUACUAAGUAUUUAGUGUAAUGUUUUAGAUAACAUUGAAUAUGUUUAUCUAUUCAUGUAAAAAAUGAUUAUGUCCGGACGUAUUUGUAAUAUGUAAUAUUUAGACUCAAAUAAGAACACGUGGAACUAGUAGCGAAGGGCCAUAUGGAAUGUGGGGUGAUUAAAUUUAUAUAUAAAUAUACGCACUCGUUUUACACACAUACCUAUACGCGACACAUAUAACACAUAAAAUAUUAUAAUAUUCAACACCUCUCCGAUUGGACCUUUAGUAAAAAUUAAAAUUUUCACAUAUCGAACACCUAAUGAUGACUUCAUCCAUACUAUCUAAUGUACAUAAUACAAAUAAAAGUGCAACGUAAAUAUAGAAUACAAUUUUAUAGCUAAUCAAUAUUAAUUAAUGUAAAUAGAAAGCUACAUUCCCAGAAGAAAUUAUUCUUAAAUGAUCAAAUCGUAAAUAAGCUAUUGUUGCAAUAUUAGAGGAAAUGAUUAUAUAGAUAGGUAAAUUAUGGUAAACAACAUAGCACAACGUCUCACGUUUGUAUAGUGGUGUGGGAUAGGUAAUUAUAAUAUUAAUCACAUUAUUAACUAUCAUCAUAAUAUAAUUAACCUAUACCCCCUUACUAAAGUUUUUACUUAUAAUUGCGUUGUUAUUUUUGUUAUCGAUUUCUAUUGGUAUUUCCCCUCCCCCAAUCAUAUUCUACUAAAUAUUGAAAUGUUUUAUACUCAACAACAUUCCCAGAAACACAUUAACGAAUUAAAAAACCAUCGUCAAGAGUAAAAUAAAUAAAUGUUCCAGAAUGAACAUUCUUAUAUUUUUGGAUUAGCAUCAAACAAAAUUAACGAUUUGCAUUUUAUCAUAAAACCAUGUUGAUUUAAUUACAUUCUUAGAGAC